GCAAAAGAAGCACAAAGGAAAGCUUAUCUCGUCCAGAAUCUGUAAAAAGAAAAAGCGAUGAGGUUAAGUAGCUUUUUUCUGAGAAACCCGAACGGGGGAAGUAAUGAGAUUGACGGGUUUAAAACUAAAAUGGUCGCUUUUGAAGUUGAAAAGGAGGUUGUACUUCUCCUUCAAGCCAACUGCCAGUGACGUUCAACCUCAACCACUUCAAAUACGACCAAACAUUUAUUUAUUAUGAUUCCCAAAUAAUCUUCUCAACUAUUCUAAUAACAUAUUGAUGUUGUUCUUGUAAGAAGAAAGAUUUUAUAAUUUUAGCAAAACGAAAUUACAGACUGUCUUCAUCCUACGUAGUCCUCAAGCAUUACCAGAACACAAAGCCUCAAGUUUCCCCGCAAAACAACAAAAUCAAUAAGAUUUUAGACUUUCUAAUUAAUAAUCACAACCGUCGGUCAUUUUCGAAUUUUAAUAUUAUCUUCCCCGGCCCCCACUCACCAACUUAACAUCUAAACAACUGUUGCAUAACAUCAUCGUCGUCCUCUGGAAAACUUACUCUGUUUUCUGUCUCUCAUCUUCUUGUAUCCUCUUUCUAGUAAACCAACGACCCAAAAUUCCUUCUCUUGAAAAGUAUAGCAACCCUUUGCCCUUAUUUUCUUUCUAAACAAACCCAAUAAUUAGUUGCCUAGAAAUGAAAGAAGAUCAACGGCAACGCUCUUCUUACCACCACAAACCUACCCUCUUCUCUUACCCUGCAGCUUUUAUAGUUCUCAUCCUCCUCAGUUACGCUUUGGGUUACCUGUCCGCCUCUUACUGCCUCUACCCAAGAUCGAUAGAGUCGUCACCACCACCGAUAACUGUAACGAAAACAAUAAGAGAAGAAGCAGAAGCAAGAGCAAAGACUCCUUCACUCGGACCGACAAAAUCUCGUUCAACCGAUCUCCGCUCUCAACUCGACAACUUCCAAAUCACUACUCGCUGCGCCAACCCGCUUCCGCCCGAGCUCAUCCGUCAAACAAUUCUUGAUCGAAUCUUCAACGGGACCUCUCCCUACGUCGAUUUCCCACCGCCCCAUGUCAGCACCCUCCUACGCAGCAAACGCAUCAAGGGAUGGGGCUCUUACAACGCCGUUUUCAAGGACCUCAUACAACGAGUCAAGCCCCGCACCAUCAUCGAGGUCGGCACUUUCCUAGGUGCGUCGGCUCUGCAUAUGGCUGAGCUCACCCGCGAGCUCGGUCUCCAAACCCAGAUCCUCUGCGUUGACGAUUUUCGCGGGUGGCCCUCUUUCCGCGACAAGGUCAAAGACAUCCGCAUGGUAAACGGCGACGUUUUGCUUCUGUACCAGUUCAUGCAAAACGUUAUCCACUUGAACUCUACCGGGUACGUUUUACCCGUUCCGUUUUCUAGCGGGUCGGCUCUGGAGGCUUUGUGCGAGUGGGGCGUGUUGGGCGAUUUGAUAGAAAUCGAUGCGGGUCAUGAUUUUCAGUCGGCUUGGGCGGAUAUUAACAGGGCUUAUCGGAUGCUGAGACCCGGGGGGGUAAUUUUUGGGGAUGAUUAUUUUACCUCGGUAGAUAAUAGAGGUGUAAGAAGAGCAGUAAAUUUGUUUGCCCAAAUCAAUGGCCUAAAAGUUCGAGCUCACGGUCGUCACUGGGUCAUCGACUCGGCUAAGCUCAGCUGAGCUCGGCUUAUGCGCUUUAGUCAAAGUUUUGUAAUAAGUAAAAUCAGUAUACUAAAUUAAUUUGUAAAAUUUACAAACCCUUACUUAAGGAAAAAAAAAAGUUUA